AUGCUGAUGGAAAUUUUGCUAACUAAUUUUCUGCUUUUUUCCAUCAGACUCAUCAACAACAUGAAAUCAGAAAACCUAACAGGUGUAGCAGAAUUCUUCCUCUUGGGUCUCUCAGAGGAUCCAAAACAGCAGCUCCUCCUUCUGGGAUUGUUUUUGACCAUGUACCUUGUCACCAUAUUGGGAAAUAUGCUCAUCAUUCUUGUCAUCAGCUGUGACUCCCACCUCCACAACCCAAUGUACUUCUUCCUUUUCAACCUGUCCUUCAUUGAUAUCUGUUUUAGCACCACUACAGUCCCCAAGAUGCUGGGGAACAUCCAAACACAAAGCAAAUCUAUUGGUUACAAAGGUUGCCUCACCCAGGCUGGGUUUGUUCUGAUUUUUGCUGGUAUGGAAAAUUUUCUCCUUGCUGCAAUGGCUUAUGAUCGCUAUGUGGCUAUCUGUCAUCCACUGAGGUACACAGUAAUCAUGAACUCCUGCUUCUGUGGCCUGCUGAUCCUACUCUCCUUGUUCAUUAGCAUUAUGGAUGCCCUGCUCCACAGUCUGAUGGUUUUGCAGCUGUCAUUCUGCACAGACCUGGAAAUCCACCACUUCUUCUGUGAACUUGUUCAGAUCAUCAAGCUUGCCUGUUCUAAUACCCUCAUCAAUACUAUCCUGGAAUAUUUAGUGACUAGCAUAUUGGGUGGUGUAUCCCUCUUUGGGAUCAUUUUCUCUUACAUUCAAAUUGUCUCCUCAAUUCUGAGAAUGCCAUCAGCUAGAGGAAAGUAUAAAGCUUUUUCAACCUGUGGAUCUCACCUUUCAAUUGUUUCCUUAUUUUUUGGAACAGCUUUUGGGGUAUACAUUAGUUCUGCAGUUACUCACUCUUACAAGAAAACUGCAGUAGCUUCAGUGAUGUACACUGUGGUCCCUUCAAUGAUGAACCCAUUUGUCUACAGCUUGAGGAACAAAGAUAUUAAAGGGGCUUUGAGGAAUCUCAUCUCAAAAACACCAUUUUCAUUUUUGUCCAUCUGA